ACGAGAAGUAAAAACAAACGAGAAAGAUAUAAUAGGCCUGGGAUUCCUUGCUUGGCUGUGCAUGCGUGUUUGUUAUGUUUGCAUGGAUGUAAAUGUGCCAGUAAAUAUCAUUAGCCGGUGUACAAGAUUGGGGAAUUGAAAAACUAAUUGAGACCAACACAUAAAACAGGAUAUGCUGCUGAUAAAUCCCAGGACACAGAGACAUGUAAAACAGUCAAUGACGCUGCUCCCACAACUGCAUUGUAACCAAUCGCAAUUCAAAAGGCAUCCAACCAUGAAACCCAGGUCUAUGCUGUAAGUUGUACAUCCCAAGGUCAUCUUCUGAUGCAGUCACUACAGUACAAUUCAAGUGAAAAGAAAUGAUGUUGACAAUUCAGUAAACAGUAGUGUCUCCAACAAUUGUUAUGCAUACUCCAAGUGAUCAAGUUUGAAGUAACAAAUCCUGCUUCUGUCAAUAGCUUUAAAAAUUCACGCGUGAGCAUUGCUUUACUCAGUGUUGCUGACACUGCUGCUGAUUCAAUUUCUAAUUCCUUUCCAAAAUGGCAAGAAACAUCAAUUUUAGUAGCAACCUCCAUAUGAUUAUCAAAAAUGCUCCGAGUAAUGCUAGCCUACAAAAUGCAGCAAACCAGUGUGCUUCGAAUGCUGCAGUAUUGAAGUGUUCAAAUAUUUCAGCAAUGCCACUAAUAGGAGCUACCCGACCAGGGCCUGGCCAAUCCCUUCAUCUUAUCCCAAUGAUCAUUGAUCAUAAGCUUUACUAUUUAUCAUCAGGCGUUUGGAAAUCUACAACUGAAAUAGACAUUACAUAUAAAAAUUAUGCUAAAGUUGUUACACCUAUAUACCUGUCUGCUAAUACAAAAACAGCCAAUGAGAAUCCAAAACAGAACAAGCAAAAAAUUAUUCAACAAUCCUCCAAAAAGAUAACUGAUAAAAAAGCUUGUGUUACUGUGGUCAAUUUUCAACCUUCCAAUAGUGGUGAUGCUAACAACCUACCUGAAGAAGGCAGGUUGUUAGCCAAUGAGAAUGCAAAUCAGAACAAGCAAAAAAUGACUCAACAAGAAAAAGCUUUUGAUACUGUGGUCAAGAUUCAACCUUCCAAAAGUGAUGAUGCUAAUGAACUGCCUGAAGAAGGCAGGUCGUUAGCCAAUGAAAAUCCAAAUCAGAACAAGCAAAAAAUUAUUCUACAAUCCUCCAAGAAUGUAUUUAAUGAAAAAACUUGUGAUACUGUGGUCAAGACUAAACCUUCUGAUAGUGAUGAUGACCUACCUGAAGAAGGCAGGUCGUUUGCCAAUGAAAAUCCAAAUCAGAACAAGCAAAAAAUUACUCAACAAUCUUCUAAGAAAGUAAUUACUGGAAAAGCUUGUGAUAUUGUAGUCAAGAUUGAACCUUCUGAUAGUGAUGAAGCUAAAGACCUGCAGGAAGAAAACGGGUCUACCCAUGAGGAAUCUAGUUCCUUUGAAAAUAUCAACUUGAAAACUGAAGUCUUUUGCUUCCAAGGUUCAGAGAUCAAGAAAGAAACUCUUGAGGAGACCCUAUCUAAUUGCACAACAGAGGAAGAUGACUGUCAUACCAUAAUAGAACAUGUUGACGAUGAUACUGAACAAAAUGAAAGCAUAGUUAAAUCUGGUCAAAAAAGAAAAGUUCAGCCAGAAAUGCCAAUAGAGGAGCCUGAAUACACAUGUGAUUCUAUUAAGAGCAAAUUGAGAGGUUUCAUGUGUAAAAAAAAGGUGUUUAUUUACAAAAGAAAAAGAUAUGUAUAUGAGUGGAACCAGUCCUAGUGGGGAGAAACAAUGCAUGCAUGCCAUAAAAUAAUGUAUGCAAAUUUUAAGGUUGGAAAAUGAAACUACUAGCUCAUGAGAACCAGGCACAUGGUGCAAAGUAUAAGCUACUUCAGUGUAAGCCCUACUAGCUUUUGAGAACCAGGCACAUGGUGCAAAGCAUAUGCUACUUCAGUGUAAACCCUGCAUCAAGAAGUUGAUAAUCGCCUGAAUAUGUCAGGGUGAACAACUUCCGUUUCAAUGUCAAGUCUGCCUGGCGAAAUUCCUAAACGAGAGCUUUUUGUGAAACACAUGGAAUAGACCGAAUCAGCGGCUCAGUGGUUUUAGUGGGUAUUAGGGUUUGUUUACAUCUAUGGAGAUCGCGAAACGACAGUGCAUUGAAUAUGGCUUCGCUUUGUUGUUGACGAAAAGUCACAUCAUAUAUGUUGCAAAUGUUGGUUGGAAUGCGAGUUAUAAUUUGGUAAAUCAUUUAAAAGAGUUCCAAAAUAUAACUUGUCGGUUUGGUUUGGUAAGGCUCCAAUGGAUAGUGGGAAUAAAGCCUGGAAUCUUUCCAUUUGUUGCAAGAGUAUUAUUUUACAGUUAUAUUAAAUUUACAAAAAUUAAAUCAUAGGAUGUUUGUAGUUACUGCCAAGGAUAUUAUGAUCAUCAUAUGACAUAAAUAUUAUUAUUACAUACUGGCAUUAGGAUAUACCAUACCAACCAGGCCUAUUAUCACCAGCCUGUUUCCUAGACCAAGUUUGGUUGAGCAAUUAGUACCAUUAUUUUCUACUUUAUUACCUACUCGACUACAGAGAUAUAUAUAGUUGAGGCAUAACAACUCCCUCCCUGCUCCGGGCCCUGGUCAAGGCUUAACACUCUCAGUGCACCCUAGGCCUAUAAUAGGCCUACCUGUAUGUAGUCUACCGUACACUAGCAGCAUUCCAGAGCCUAAAUAAAAGUACUUAUAAAUCACUAUUUAAAAAAAAAAAACACAUAGGUCUACUGCCUUACUUUACUUUGGGUGGCUGUCUAAAAAAAAUAAUAACCCCAAUAUACUGUGUUCAGUGAGCGCACUGUGGUUUACGAUGUGGAUGUUUACAUUUAGGACCCACUAUGUCACGUAACCAGUAAUAGUCCGAGUUUACCAUGUGCAAUUUUUUUUAAGAAUAAGAGCCUCUCAAUAAUAUUUUUAAAUUUUUAAAGGAGUGUUGAUUUCAAUUUAACGGUGUAUUCAAGGAAUCCCCAGCUGGCCCAACUCCAUAAUUUUUCAAACUUACAAAAAGGAAUGGUAAAAUGGAAAUUAUCAACAUUUAUGUCUCAGAGUGCCAUUUCCAGCCAUCUAGAGGUGCUAUAAUCAUAAAAUUUCUUACCUCAGCCCCAACCAUGGUAGGGCAGAGGUGGUCUUCACCCUCCACCUAUGAAAAUCUCUCCCUGGCCCGCAUUUUGAAUUCCCUGAUCCACCACUGCAAUUGUUAAUUCUAUGUGCCACCAAUUUUCUUGAUUAGUAUAGAAUAGCUGCUGAGACCAAAUAUGCCCCUCUUAAAAUAGUUAUGAAUCUAAUUAUCAUUAGUAUUUAUUACUAGCCUAGGCCUUUAGGAUUUGAGGGUAAAAGAAACACUUUUUACGAUGAAUUUUCUGAAAAAUUAGGGAAUUCCCCUAUCACAUCAGGGGCCCGGCAAUUAAUCUUGCAUUGGGACCCUUUUGCACUUACUAACGCCGCUGUUUUAAGAUCAUGUAACUUAAUAAAUGUGCUGCUAGUAGAAUAGUUCCAUCCAAAUGUUGUUUUACAUGUUGAUGCAUUUAAUUUUAUAAUUAUAUACCUUUAUAUUUUGAUGUAUUUUAAGUACUGUACAUAUUGCUCCAACAUGAGCACAAUAUAGUUUAGCAGAUUGCCUUAUAUUUUUUUAUGAUCUAUGUUGAUUGGAUUACUGCACUCAACCAACAUUUUAAUAUUGUUUACUUGAAAUUCAAAAUUAAUUACAAUAUAAACAAUAUGAUUGUGAUGUAGAUUUUUAACGGAUUAAUUACAGACCAAUUAUCUGUAAUUAUUCUACGUCACAAUCACUUUGUUUAAUUUAUAUUGUAUAGUCUUGUAUCAGCCAAAAAUCAAUAUGUACUCAUUAUAUAUGAAGGACUACAUCAAUUAAAUAUAGUUACAGUGUA